UCAACACCACCGUCUCCCUCACCCGUCUCUCGCGCUCUGCGGUGCUUUCCCUUCUGCUUUGGUUUGUCCUCCGAAGCUUGCAAAUCUCUGCUCCUGGAAUUUGACUCCGAUGCUGGACUUCAAUUCCUUCAUGUCAAGAUGGAAACCUGUUACAUUUGAAGAAUCUCUAACCUUUGUGAAGAAAGUAAAGGCUCGCGAUUACCAAUUGUACUUGUCAUUGUUCGACAUCGUCAGUCGGAACGAACAGAUGACUCCAGAUAUCUACGAUGAUCUACUAUUGCUCUUCGAGAGUCACAAUGAUCUGCAAAAGGAGCUAAUGCGUUUCAAACCUCUCGUCGUAGAAAGAAUGAUUGACAACGACGUUUUAUCAGGAAUGGCUCUUCUCCUUGUGCUAAUAUUAUUCUUGAGCUUGUUCAUUUUGUUUGAACAACCUCUGAAAUAUGCUUUUCAACAAGUGUUUGGAACCUAACUGAAAGGGGGCAUUAUGGUGCAUGUAUGAUCGAUGUUUCCUCUUGGCAAUAAGAUCAUUAUCCUCAUGCCCACCCAGUUUCUUGGAAA